UGUUAGCUGACAGCUUUGGGCCCGGUCUCUGCUGCUCCCAAGCGGUCCUUCUGGGUACUGCCAGGAUGAGAGAUGGGAGAAGAGGACCAGUUAUCAAUGUGGAGAAUCUGAUGGGGGAGACACUGGGUGCAGGAAGCUGAGCGAAAAGGGGAGCACUAAGACCCAGGGGUACUGGAGGACUACAACAUCAAGCAGGAGGAGGAAAAGCAGGAGGUGGGGGUGGGAGCCAUCUGGUACCUUGGUAGCAUCCGCAACAGCACCAGUGAUAACGACAGCAAUGGCCAGUCAGUCCCAGGGCAUCCAGCAGCUUCUGCAAGCCGAGAAGCGAGCGGCUGAGAAGGUAGCAGAUGCUCGAAAAAGGAAGGCCCGGCGUCUGAAGCAGGCAAAGGAGGAAGCCCAGAUGGAGGUGGAGCAGUACCGCAGGGAGCGAGAGCAGGAAUUCCAGAGCAAGCAGCAGGCGGCCAUGGGCUCCCAGGGGAACCUAUCGGCUGAGGUGGAGCAGGCAACAAGGCACCAAGUGCAGGGUAUGCAGAGCUCCCAGCAGAGAAACCGUGAGCGUGUCCUGGCCCAGCUUCUUGGCAUGGUCUGUGACGUCAGGCCUCAAGUCCACCCCAACUACCGGAUCACUGCCUAGGACGCACCCAGGACCUGACACCCCCUGCUAGUCCCCUCCCUCAAA